GCGGCUACGUGGCCGGCUUCUUCUGCCCGGCGGGGGACGUCACUUCCGCCGAAGCCCUGACCUGCUGCUAGGAUCGCGACGGGAACUGGAGCCCGAGAUCCCCGCGCAGCCCGGGCCUGGCGCCCUGAGGGAAAGAGCUGCCCGGCCCGAGGGCGCUGGGGUGGAGACUUUGACUCCAGUCCCUUCCCUAGCCAUGACGGACGGGAUCCUAGGGAAGGCAGCCACAAUGGAGAUCCCCAUCCAUGGGAACGGCGAAGCUGGGCAGCUUUCUGAGGAUGAUGGGCUGGAGCAGGACCUCCAGCAGGUGAUGGUAUCUGGACCCAACCUCAAUGAAACCAGCAUUGUGUCUGGUGGCUAUGGGGGCUCUGGUGAUGGACUCAUCCCUACAGGGUCUGGCCGCCAUCCAUCUCACAGUGCCACUCCUGCUGGCCCCGGAGAUGAGGUGGCUCGGGGCAUCGCUGGAGAGAAGUUUGAUAUCGUCAAGAAAUGGGGCAUCAACACAUACAAGUGCACAAAGCAGCUGUUAUCAGAGCGAUUUGGCCGAGGCUCCCGGACUGUGGAUCUGGAGCUAGAGCUGCAAAUUGAGUUGCUGCGGGAGACGAAGCGCAAGUAUGAGAGCGUCCUGCAGCUGGGCCGGGCACUGACGGCCCACCUCUACAGCCUGCUACAGACCCAGCAUGCACUAGGUGAUGCCUUUGCUGAUCUCAGCCAGAAGUCCCCAGAGCUUCAGGAGGAAUUUGGCUAUAAUGCAGAGACACAGAAGCUGCUGUGCAAGAAUGGAGAGACACUGCUGGGAGCUGUGAACUUCUUUGUCUCUAGUAUCAACACGUUGGUCACCAAGACCAUGGAAGACACACUCAUGACUGUCAAACAGUAUGAGGCUGCCAGGCUGGAAUACGAUGCCUACCGAACAGACUUAGAGGAGCUGAGCCUAGGCCCCCGGGAUGCAGGGACGCGCAGCCGCCUCGAGAGUGCCCAGGCCACUUUCCAGGCUCAUCGGGACAAAUAUGAGAAGCUGCGGGGAGAUGUGGCCAUCAAGCUCAAGUUCCUGGAAGAAAACAAGAUCAAGGUGAUGCACAAGCAGCUGCUGCUCUUCCACAAUGCCGUGUCCGCCUACUUUGCUGGAAACCAGAAACAACUGGAGCAGACCCUGCAGCAGUUCAACAUCAAGCUGCGGCCUCCAGGAGCCGAGAAGCCCUCGUGGCUAGAGGAGCAGUGAGCAGCUCCCGGCCCAACCUGGCUAUCGAGAAGGACAUUGGGAGGGGCAGCCCUAGGGUGGGGGAGGUUGGACAUAGGACAUCCCUUGCCACCUGCCCUCUGGCUUGGGCGCCCCUUCUCUGGCUGGGACCUGAUACCAGUUUUUGCCCACAUUGCUAUGGGCAGGGAGGGGACCUGCAGGCCCAGCAACUGCUGCCCAGUUCUUUAUCUUCCUGGCCACUGGGCUUCAUUCCCAGAACUUUUCCUUCCACUCCACAGCCAAAGGCUAUGAUGAAACCACUCCCUGGCCAAUGGCACCACUCCUCAGGCCUAUCUCCAACUCCUGGAGUGUGCCCCUGACCAACGGCAGAGCCUCAGAAGGCCCUGUCAGCCAAUGGCAGCUCUACUUGGGCGCUGCUGGACCAAUGAUGUUGCCUCCAGUUCCCUUUGUCCCUCCUCUAUGCGUGCCCAUUGCAGAGAACGGGACUGGGACCAAAUGGGCUGGGGAGAAUGGGGGAGCCCCAUUUCUUACCCUGCAUCUGAAUGGGCUACCCCUCACUGACCCACCCAGUUCGACUGUGCUUAGAGCCCUGGAAGAUGGGGACCUAGCACUAGGAAUAAACCUUUCAUAAAAGCAGGCCCAGUGAGGUCAAUUUGUGGGGGGGGUUUAUGUGGGUGGACUGGGUGGGAAAAGGCUCAGUGUACUGCUGUACCAAAAUCCUAUCGGGUCAGAAGAGCUGGAGCCACACAGCUGAAGUCACAGGUUUCAGGCACAAUCCGAAGGCCCACAGUUCUCCCCUCGUCCCAGCUGGAGCCAGAGCUUAAUUUGCAUUUUAGACCAGCACUAGUUUAGCUAUGGUUCUCGAAAAGGCACAGGGCCCAGAGAGGGUGGGGUUUGUGGGCUGUGCAUUCAUUCAUUCACACAGCAAAUGUUUAUUGAGUGCUUUUUGCCAGGCACUGCAUUAGUCCCUGGGGAGACAUCAGUGAAUAAAACACGGUCCCUGCCUACAGUGCUAGGGCCUAGUGAGAGAUGGAGACAAGUAACCAGGCAACUCCAAGCAGGGAUAAGUACAGGGAUUUACAAAUAAGGGGAGCUUUGGGAGCACAGAGGAGGGACACUAGCUUAGCGAG